UCACUUCCUGCACCGCAGCAAUGAUGGCGGUGAUGAAUCUUUGAGCUGCUGCUUUUUAUCUCAUUUACACCCAGCAGCUUCAUUUUGCGAUAUUCUUAGAAUUUCCAUGGGGAGUAAAGAUACGUUGAUGUUGUUAUUCGGUAGUAUUAUAAACAACAACAGGAUCCGGUAACUCUGCUUGGGUUUCCCGGUAUCUCUGUAGAUUUGAUUUUUCUAAGGGGUGCCUUUCGACUGCCUCUUUUGCAUCAGUCGCCUCUUAGAGGCGUCCGCCUAGAAGUCAGGUUAGGCAAAGGGGUACAACACGUUUUUGUUUUUAAACCAGAAAUGGCUCCCGUACAAAUUGAAAACAACCAACUGGUCCCCAGCGGGGGUCCCACUUCUGCACCUCCUCCUCCGCCUUCAGGGGCGGCGGCGGGGGCACCAGCACACGGGGUCCGACUGAGCCUUCUGAUUGAAUUCUUGCUCCAACGGACUUACCAUGAGAUCAUGCUGUUGGCUGAGCUCCUUCCGAGGAAGACAGAUAUGGAAAGAAAAAUUGAGAUUGUACAGUUUGCCAGCCGAACCCGCCAGCUUUUCGUUCGUCUGUUAGCUCUUGUUAAAUGGGCUAGCAAUGCUGGGAAAGUGGAAAAGUGUGCGAUAAUUUCCAGUUUUCUGGACCAGCAGGCUUUUCUCUUUGUGGACACUGCAGACAGGUUGGCAUCCUUGGCAAGGGAUGCUCUUGUACAUGCCCGGCUACCUAACUUCGCCAUCCCUUUUGCUAUUGAUGUCUUGACUACAGGAUCUUAUCCUCGUCUGCCUGCUUGUAUCAGGGAUAAAAUAAUUCCCCCUGACCCAAUUACUAAGGGAGAAAAACAGUCCACUCUUCAUCAGCUGAACCAGAUUCUGAGACAUCGGCUUGUUACAACAGACCUCCCUCCACAGCUGGCAAAUCUCACUGUUGCAAAUGGUCGUGUGAAAUUUCGUGUUGAAGGAGAGUUUGAAGCUACUCUUACGGUAAUGGGCGAUGACCCUGAAAUUCCCUGGCGAUUACUGAAGUUAGAAAUCCUAGUGGAAGACAAGGAAACUGGAGAUGGUCGAGCUCUUGUUCAUAGCUUGCAAGUUAACUUUAUCCAUGAGUUAGUACAAUCACGCUUGUUUGCUGAUGAAAAACCACUACAGGACAUGUACAACUGCCUGCAUUCAUUUUGCAUGUCCCUUCAGUUGGAAGUGCUACACUCUCAGACUCAAAUGCUAAUUCGUGAGCGAUGGGGAGACCUGGUUCAGGUUGAGCGGUACAUACCUGGAAAGUGCCUCACUCUCUCAGUUUGGAACCAGCAAGUUCUAGGGAGAAGAACUGGGAUUGCCUCUGUCCACAAAGUCAACAUCAAAAUUGAUGAGAGUGAUGCCUCCAAGCCCUUGCAGGUUUCCCAUGAGCCUCCACUGCCCUCUUCUGACUUCAGGCUAAUGGAACGUGCCAUGAAGAUUGACCAUUUAUCUGUAGAAAAGUUGCUUAUCGACAGUGUGCAUGCUCGUUCCCAUCAAAAACUGCAGGAACUAAAAGCCAUUCUCAAAAACCAUAAUCCUAAUGAUAACUCUUUUAUUGAAACUGCACUUCCUACACUGGUUGUUCCUGUUCUUGAGCCCUGUGGGCGUUCAGAGUGCCUUCACAUAUUUGUUGAUCUUCAUUGUGGAAUGUUCCAGCCAAUGUUUUAUGGCAUUGAACAGUCCACCUUAGAUGAUAUUGAGAAGGCCAUUAAUGAUGAUAUGAAAAGAAUAAUUUCCUGGCUCCAGCAACUCAAGUUUUGGCUUGGUGAACAACGUUGCAGACAAUCAGUAAAACACCUUCCAACAGUUUGUAGCAACUCCUUGUAUCUUGCGAACAUGUCAUCUCAUCCAGUGGGAAAUCUUUCUAAACAGAAGCUCUUUAUCAAACUAACUCGUCUCCCUCAGUAUUACAUUGUGGUGGAAAUGUUUGAUGUCCCUGGAUGUCCCACUGAAUUGGAGUACAAAUAUUACUUCUUCUCAGUGAGUCAACUUGAUGGGGAUGAUGGUCCACCUAAUGCACUUUUACUGCAGCAGUUCAAGCCAAAAGCAAUGGACCUCCUUCUUAACUGUAAGACAGGACAUGGAGCCAAGGCAGGAGAGAAGAGGAAGCUGUCUGGUGACCAGGGUGCUGUGGAGCCCAAAAAACCAAAACGAGCUGGUGAAAUGUGUGCUUAUAACAAAGUAUUGGCUCAUCUUGUAGCAAUGUGUGACAGCAAUAUGCCAUUUGUAGGGCUGCGUUGUGAGCUUUCAAACAUGGAAAUCCCACAUCAAGGGGUUCAAGUUGAAGGAGACAGUUGUAGCCAUGCCAUUCGAGUUCUGAAAAUUCCCACCAGUAAAGGCAUCAGUGAAGAAACACAGAAGGUAUUAGAGCGAUCUUUGCUUGACUGCACUUUCCGUCUCCAGGGAAGGAAUAAUCGCACCUGGGUGGCAGAGUUAAUUUUCGCUAACUGCCCUCUCUCUAGUACCUCCUCAAAGGAACAAGUGUCUACUCGACAUGUUUAUCUCACUUAUGAGAACCCACUGUCAGAGCCUGUUGGAGGUCGCAAGGUUGUUGAGAUGUUUCUUAAUGACUGGAAUAGUAUUGCUCAGCUUUAUGAGUGUGUCUUAGAAUUUGCACGAUCACUGCCAGAUAUACCCCCAUACCUAAAUCUUUUUUCUGAAAUCCGACUAUACAAUUUUCGUAAGUUGGUACUGUGUUAUGGAAGCACAAAGGGAAGCUCAAUUACAAUUCAGUGGAAUUCUGCUAUGCAGAAGUUCCACAUAUCUCUGGGAACAGUGGGGCCAAAUUCAGGCUGUAGUAACUGUCACAACAUAAUUCUUCACCAGCUUCAGGAAAUGUUUAACAAGACUCCCAAUGUGGUACAGCUGUUACAGGUACUAUUCGAUACCCAAGCUCCUCUCAAUGCCAUCAAUAAGCUGCCUACUGUACCCAUGUUGGGUUUGCCCCAGCGGACAAAUACAGCCUAUCAGUGUUUUUCCAUUCUACCGCAGUCGCCAACACACAUUCGUUUGGCCUUUCGUAAUAUGUUCUGCAUUGACAUUUACUGCCGCAGCCGUGGAGUAGUGGCUAUCCGUGAUGGAGCUUACAGCAUGUUUGACAACACUAAAAUAGUUGAAGGUUUUUACCCUGCUCCGGGAUUAAAGACAUUCCUGAACAUGUUUGUGGACAGUAACCAGGAUGUACGAAGACGGUCUGUAAAUGAAGAUGAUAAUCCUCCCUCUCCUAUAGGUGAAAUGAUGGACACACUAAUGUCUCAGUUGCAACCUCAGCAGCAGCAGCCAUUUACAAAGCAGCCUGGAAGUACCAGUGGUUACCCCUUGACCUCACCUCCCACUUCUUACCACACUGGAGUUGCUCCUUCACCUUCAAUGAUGCCCACCCAGUCUCCAGGGAACAUCCACGCAGCAAACUCGCCUAGUGGCGCUCUGCGGGCCCCUUCACCAGCUUCGUUUGGCCCUACCCCGUCUCCCUCAUCUCUGGGGAUUUCAAUGGGGCAGACUUCCAACUUUGCGAGUCCACAUGGGACUCUUGAUCCCAGUUCACCUUAUGCCAUGAUGUCUCCAAGUCAACGCCCUGGAAACUGGCCUGGUUCACCUCAGGUUUCAGGCCCCUCACCAGCAGCACGAAUACCUGGGAUGUCACCAGCAAACCCAUCGUUGCACUCACCAAUUCCAGAUGCAUCACAUUCCCCACGAGCUGGAACAAGCUCCCAGUCAAUGCCAACUAACAUGCCUCCACCGCGCAAACUACCUCAGCGUUCUUGGGCAGCCUCCAUCCCAACCAUCUUGAACCACAGUGCCUUGCAUGUUUUGUUGUUACCCUCACCCACACCUUGCCUUGUGCCUGGGUUGGCAGGCAGCUACCUCUGCUCCCCUCUUGAGCGUUUCCUGGGCUCUGUCAUCAUGAGACGCCAUUUACAAAGAAUUAUACAGCAAGAACCCAAUCUGCAGAUAGUAAAUUCAAAUGAACCUGGAGUGAUCAUGUUCAAGACAGAAGUUCUGAAAUGUAGAGUUGCAUUAAAUCCUAAAACAUAUCAGACACUACAGUUAAAGGUGACUCCAGAGAACACAGGACCUUGGUCCCAAGAGGAGCUGCAAGUUCUGGAGAAAUUCUUUGAAACAAGGGUUGCUGGCCCACCUUUUAAAUAUAAUACAUUAAAUGCCUUCACUAAACUGCUGGGAGCACCUACUCAUAUUCUCAGAGAUUGUGUUCGGAUUAUGAAACUUGAGCUGUUUCCCGAUCAAGCUGGCCCAUUGAAGUGGAAUGUACAGUUCUGUUUAACAAUUCCUCCCAGUGCACCUCCUAUUGCCCCACCAGGGACAAUUGCAGUAGUGCUAAAAUCCAAAAUGCUGUUCUUUCUCCAGUUAACUCAAAGGUUGCCAGUCCCUCAGGAUCAAAUCAGUAUAAUUGUGCCUAUUGUUUAUGACAUGGCUUCUGGCAUGACCCAGCAGGCUGACAUCCCACGGCAACAGAGCUCAUCUGGUGCUGCAGCACUCAUGGUUAGUAGUAUCCUGAAGAGGUUUCAUGAGAUGCAUCCUCCUCGCCAGGGAGAAUGCACAAUAUAUGCUGCAGUGCAUGAGUUGAUGGCAAAUCUUACACUGCCUCCUGGUGGACGACCAUAGCAUUCACUUUCUCAUUGAAAUGAAGCCUAGAAAAGGGACUUUUCAUCAUCAGAUACAAGACUUUUGAAUUUCUUGUUUUUUCAACUUGUUUGUUUUAACACAUGAACUGAGCUGAACAGAAGCAAACACAGAUUGGAUUUCCAGUCAUAAAUUAUAUUAAAGAGCUAACAAACUUUCGAUUUAUUUUUUCAGAAAUGCACUUCUUGAGACAAUAAAAUGAUGUAAUAAUAGUAAAAAAAAAAAGUUUGUUUACCUACUGUUGUAUAGUGUUUUAUAUAAUGGGUUUCAAGGAACAUGUAGUCCAAUAUGGAGGACUCUUUGCAAUGAACUUUAUUCAUAGCUUACUUUUUAAUUUUUAUACUGCAAGAAACAAAUAUUAAGGUAUUGGAAAUGCUUCCUUUAGUAUAUUAUGUAAAUGUCUUUUUUGAUGUAACAGUCUAAAUUAUUUUUUUUCUUCUGUUAAGCCUGUCACUUUUGAAUACUGUAAAACUGUGACAAACUUUAUAAUGAAGCUGUAUUUUAUAAUGACUGCUUUGAGUCUUUACAGAAUGAGUCUGUUGCUUGCCUCAGACAAAUAAUAUUUAAUAAAUAGAUAAAGAAAUGUCUGUCAAAUGAAUUGCA